GAUCAAUCCAGAUUGGAAGAAGAUUCAACGUUUCAUAUAUGAGUUCAAGGAUGUUCUUAUUUUACCACUAUUGAUGUAUUCCCUAGCAUUUAUUCCUAAUUUUUAAAGCUGCCAUGGAUGCACUUGUAGAAGACGAUAUCUGCAUUCUGAACCAUGAAAAAGCUCAAAAGCGCGAUUCAGAGACUCCUAUUUCAAUAUAUUCCGGAGAUGAGUCGGUAGCUUCCCACUUUGCUCUUGUCACUGCCUACGAAGACAUCAAAAAGCGACUAAAGGAGACUGAGAAGGAGAAUUCUUUCUUGAAGAAAAGAUUAAGAAUUUUAGAAGAAAAGCUCAUUGGAACUCGGUUAGAUGAAGAAACAAGUUCUGUGGGACGGGAGCAAGUGAACAAAGCGUAUCAUGCCUACAGAGAAGUCUGCAUUGAACGGGAUACUCUGAAAAGCAAAUUGGAUAAAGCGAACAAGGAGAACUCUGAAUCUGUGAAAGCACUGAAUGAGCAGUUGCAGUCUCAAGAAGUCGAGCUGCUCCAGCUUCGGACCGAAGUGGAGACCCAACAAGUGAUGAGGAAUCUAAAUCGACCUCCAUCUAACUGGGAGGUGGAAAAGUUGAACAGUGAUCUGAAAAUCCAUGACUUGGAACAAGAUGUGGAGCUGAUGAGGAAGGAAUGCAAUAAUCUCAAAAAAGAACUUAUGAAAUCCAAACAGAAGGACCAGUCUCAGGAAAUCAGUCUAAAUAACAGGGACUUCCAAAGACCCAGCAUUCAGAGUGAUGAUAUGCAAUAUGCAUACUGGGAGCUGAAGAAAGAAAUGUCUAAUUUACAUCUGGUGACUCAAGUGCAAGCUGAACUACUCAGAAAACUGAAAACCCCAACUGCAAUCAAGAAAGCUUGUGCUCCAGUUCAGUGUGUUGAAGACUUGGCAAAGGACUGCACAAAAUUGCAUCCGACGACUUAUACUGCGUCCUACAAAAAACACGCGUACUGUUUCCCAAAUGACCCAGCUCUCUGCAACGCCCCAGUCCUCCCGGUGCCCGGAGAAAUAAAGAUUUUAUCGGAAAGGGAAAGUCUCCAGUCUUGGACAGAGAACGAAAGACAUUUCCUUGGUGGAGACACAAACUUUCAGGAGCACAAUUCCUAUGGCAGGAGUUCUUUAGAAGAUAAUUCCUGGGUAUUUCCAAGUCCUCCCAAGUCUAGUGAUACGAUAUUUGGAGAAAUCAAAUUACCGUCACCCAAUCUUCCAGUGAACUGCCUAGACCAGCAAAAUCAAAAUUGCCUGAAAUUCAAGAGUUAAACUAUUCAGAAGAGAGUUGUGAGCUUUUGGCGAUUAAGUAUCUGACCGUCGGAUAACCCGAGAAAUGGCGGGCCUCAAAAUGGAUUUGGGUUUAAGGGAGUGCUCACGGUUUGUCUUCCAUUCCAUUACUACACUAAACAUUUGUUCAGCGUUAACUAUUAUUUCGUAGAGAUUUCUGGCCAAAAUAACAUUGCUAAUCCCACGCGUAGUCAGUACUUGAGAAAUUUCCAUGUUUCUGAACAACUGUACCUUUGAACGUAAGGACCGUUGUAACUUUGGGCGCUUCGGGUAAAGAAUGGGAUUGGAACCAACUUCUAAUUACUAAUUUGCUCUUACGGGUAUGUAGAAUUGCAUAUUAAAUUCAUACCAUUUAGAACUCCGAAAUGCCUGCGGUAGAAAUGGAUAAAUUCUAUUUCCUUGAGCGGCUGUAGUACGAACAAGUUUAUAGGGAUCCAAUGUCUUCUUGCUACUCCACCUUAAAUAUGAAAAGCGAAAUUGCUCUGAAGAACACAAUGGUGAUUACUACUGAUUUGUAAUGAAUCAGCUUUAAUUGUUUAAGAGCACCUUAGGAUCUUUGUUUCAAAAGCUUCAUGAAGCCUUAAUUAAAAAACAAGACAGAUCCAAAUGGCGUGUGGCGACUGAUUGGACGGUACACUUGGUUUAAGUGAAAAGUCCAAAAGCAUCUUUAAUCUGAUUAAAUGGCGCAUGCUCACACGCUUACUGAGCUGGCCUAGCUUAGUUUUCCUAAAAACAAAUUUGUUUUUUAGCAGAGCAGUACGCGGAGAUUAUUUCAAAUGGACAGAUAAAUCUGUAUCGUUGCCGACAUACUGAGGUCCCCAAAUAUCCAGCUGUUUCACGGUAAGUACGAGAAGAACAAGUUGGACUUCCUAGCUAGCGACUGAAGAGAAUAUGGAACUAACAAAUUGGGCCAUCAGAGGGUAAGUUGUGAUGAUAGUCAUGUAAUGUGGGCAGUACCUGACGACGCAUCUUCUUCCUGGGGUUGAGAUGCGUCCUAAGAAGAGGCCUGUAACCUUGUCAGUAUUAGAGAUGCAAUUUUGUACCUCUUCAACUCACAGAGAGUAGUGAACGGCAUACAUAAAAUGACGCCUUCAGUUCACCAGAUAUUGCUUGCGUCUUUCUAUUAUCUUGCUCACGUCUGCUGCCUUGUCUGUGAUUAAUGGAAAUGGUGGCGGAUGCUGGAAUUUAUUCUGACCAAUGAGCACGGCGGACUCGGGGGAGUACAAUCUCUCGCCAAGUAAUAAAACAAAACCAAUAUGCAUAAAACAAAUCCAAGUCCCCGGGCUUCAGCUGAGAGAACCAACUACCUGUGUAAUAACAAAGCAGAAGAAACUAUUUCUCAUGUGACUGCAUAGACUGUAUAUUGUAUCUUAUCUCUAAUGUAGCUUACUUUUUCUCCCUUUGGUAACCAAGAUUGGUCUUUUUUUCUUUUAAAAAAAAAAAAAAAGCAGCCCAAAGUAAUGAACUGUCAUAUCUGGCACUGGCUUGGUUAGCAUUCUGUACAAUGCAGAGAAAUCCUAUUUAUGAUUAAAAUAAAUUAUUUUUGUGUGUAACAGGA